CCGUCAUUAAACAACAAAAAGAAGAAGAAGAAGAAGUAGACACGUCACUGGGGAGGCAAGAUGGCGAGCGCCUAUGAGAGCUUUAACUUGCGCACCGCACCAGAGAAGUUUUACAUUGAGGCUUGCGAUGACGGCUCCGUGGAUGUCCUGGCGAUCGACAGGGUGUCGACUGAGAUGACUCUCACAGUGAGGAGGGACAUCCCGGUCUCAGCUGAGACCAGACCAAUAUGUGGAGUCAUGGGGACUGUACGUCUGGUGGCAGGCAUGUACCUGGUUGUCAUCACAAAGAAGCAGAAGGUGGGAGAUUUGCUGGGUCAUGCUGUGUGGAAGGCUCUGGACUUUGAAAUCAUCUCUUAUAAGAAGACAAUACUACACCUGACAGACAACCAGAUGCAAGACAACAAGGCUUUCCUGUCCAUGAUCAACAAUGUCCUUCAUACAGACAGCUUCUACUUUGCAACCGACUAUGACCUGACCCACAGUCUGCAGCGCCUGGCAAACACCAGCCCUGAAUUUCAGGAGAUGAGCCUUCUGGAGAGGGCAGACCAGCGUUUCGUCUGGAAUGGCCAUCUGUUGAGGGAAUUCCUUGCUCAGCCAGAGUUGCACAAGUUUGUGUAUCCCGUCGUCCAUGGCUUCAUCAUCAUGAAGUCGAGCUGCAUCAAUGGAAAGACGUUUGAGUGGAGUAUAAUCUCCAGGAGGAGCUGUUUCAGAGCUGGUGUCCGCUACUAUGUCCGAGGCAUCGAUUCUGAAGGCCACGCUGCUAACUAUGUAGAAACGGAGCAGAUUGUGCAGUUCAACAGUGCCAAGGCCUCAUUUGUUCAGACAAGAGGCUCCAUCCCCUUCUACUGGUCCCAAAGGCCCAACCUCAAGUACAAGCCAAAACCACAGAUCAACAAAACAGUCAACCAUUUGGAUGCAUUCCAGAGACACUUUGACUCACAGAUCAUUCUCUAUGGAAGACAAGUCAUUUUGAACCUGAUCAACCAAAAGGGCUCAGAAAAGCCAUUGGAGCUGGCCUUUGAUAAGAUGGUGACCAGUUUGGGAAAUGGCAUGAUCAAGUACAUCGCGUUUGACUUCCAUAAGGAGUGCAGUCGGAUGAGGUGGCACCGCCUGCAGCUCUUAUUGGACAUGGUAGCUGACAUGCAGGAUGAAUUUGGGUAUUUCCUGGUGGAUGCAGAUGGGAAGGUGCAGCUGAGUCAGGAGGGGAUCUUUCGGAGCAACUGCAUGGACUGUCUGGAUCGCACCAAUGUCAUCCAAAGCCUUUUGGCCCGAAAGUCACUGCAAUCACAGCUGCAGAAAAUGGGAGUCCUGAACAUGGGCCAGAAGAUUGAGCAGCAGAUGGACUUUGAGAAGUUCUACAAGAAUGCCUGGGCAGACAAUGCUGAUGCCUGUGCUAAGCAGUAUGCUGGUACUGGUGCCCUUAAGACAGACUUCACCAGGACGGGGAAGAGAACUCAAUGGGGCCUGCUGAUGGACGGCUGGAACUCCAUGAUUCGAUAUUACAAGAACAACUUCUCUGAUGGUUUCAGACAGGACUCCAUUGAUCUGUUCCUGGGGAACUAUGCUGCCGAGGAAGCUGAUAGGACCACCCCACUGCGGGACCCCAAAGACUGGAAGUUUUUGACGUUGCCCAUCGUCAUGGUGGUAGCGUUCUCCAUGUGCAUCAUCUGCCUGCUAAUGGCUGGGGACACGUGGACUGAGACUCUGGCCUACGUUCUGUUCUGGGGAACAGCCAGCGUGGUGACGGGUGGCCUCAUCCUCUUCAAUGGACGUGACUUUGUAGAUGCUCCCAAGCUGGUCCAGAAGGAGAAGCUGGACUGAAUGUGUGUGUGUGGAAAGCAGCUAGGCCCUGGCGAGCUCACCGCCUCAUCCACCAGCUCGUCAUCACUUUACCCCCAGCAUCAGCGGACCUGGAGCCUUUACUAAGAGAGGGGGGAGUGGAGGAGGCGGUGGGCAGCGGGGCAGGCCUCAUGUGCGAUGACGGUGGAAAGAAAGAGACUGGGAGUGCAUGAGCCGGCUGCUGUCCACACUGUAGCGAUAAUCAUGUGGACAGGACUGUCUGUCCACACGUUUCACUGGACACUGAACCUCUGGUGUUUGUUCUAACUGGAUGUCAUUGUUCUUGAUUUCAGAAGAUUGUGGUGGGACCCAUGUUAAAUUCCAUGUUUGUCCUCCUGCAUUCCUAAUGGAUGCUUGGGAUCAGAUUCACAACAGAAGCUGUGAUAUCACAGCACAGUUUUAAAUGAUUUAGUGUUUCUACUGUUGAUUUUCAUUUAGUGUUUUUACAUUUGUCAUUGACAAUAUGUUCCUGUCCAUUUGCAGUUACUAUGUCCCAGGUUACAUGUUGCCUGCAUUUCCAGAACAGUAACGGGUCAAUAAGGUGUCCAAAGGCUGGAAGAACUAGUCCUGGGUCGUUUGUAUUGUUUUAAAUUUUUUAUGUUUCACCUGUUGCGUGUUAAAAAUGUCAUCAACACACCCGCUCGUUUGCGGAUAUCGAGCGGAUUCUUACAUCGCCUCCUCCGAGUGCAUGUCUGAAAGUAAUUUAACACAGCCAGUGGACAUUCUUAUCUAAAUUCUGACUGUCGAAUUCUGCUUCUUUAUAUAUCAGCCUCAUACAAGAACAUAUUUGUUUUAUGAGCGACUCAUGUUAGUUUUUUGGGCACUCACCAUUUUUUUUUCUGUUGUAAGAUUUCCUGAGGUAUAGUCCAGAUCUGUCAAACAUUUUCUGACUCGACAUCUGACUUGAAAUCUUAAAGCCUUAAACUGAAUGAAUUGUGGGGGGGUUUAGGUAUUUUACUGUAUUUAACUCAAAUAAAAUAUAUAGAAAUGAAAUAAAUUAAUAAAGAUGAAUAUUGUGAUCCUCAUCACAGCUGCCGAAAUUAA